UGUGAGGGAUGCUCGGUGCGGGCGGCGGCGGCGGCCCCGGGGCCCGCCAUGGUGUGAGGCGCCGCCGCGAUGAACGGAGCGGUCCCUUCGCUCUACGACCCCAAGGCGCGGGUGCUGAACCUGGGAGAGAGCUUCGAGAAGCAGCCGCGCUGCGCCUUCCACACUGUCCGCUAUGAUUUUAAGCCUGCAUCUAUCGAUAUGUCCUGUGAAGGAGACCUUGAAGUUGGCAAAGGUGAACAGGUGACAAUAACGCUGCCAAAUAUUGAGGGCUCAACUCCACCAGUGACUGUGUUCAAGGGCUCAAAGAAGCCUUACCUAAAAGAAUGUAUCUUAAUUAUCAACCAUGACACUGGAGAAUGUCGCCUAGAGAAACUUAGUAGCAACAUCACUGUGAAAAAAAACCAGGUGGCUGAAGGAAGCAGUAAAGUCCAGUCUCGCAUCGAGCAGCAACAGCAGCAAAUGCGAAAUGCAACCAAAGUUCCCAACAACGUUAAAUACUCUCCGUCAAAAGAAAAAAUGUUUCCAUCUUCUCCUAUGGAUGAUAUUGAACGAGAGCUAAAAGCAGAAGCCAGUAUCAUGGACCAGCUGAGUAGCUCUGACAGCUCAUCUGACUCUAAAAGUUCUUCAUCCUCUUCAUCAAGUAGUGAAAAUAGUUCUAGUGAUUCUGAAGAUGAGGAAAUGAAGCCCUCUCUUCCUAUGUCGAUGCCGUAUUUGCAGCCCCAGCCUACUGUGUCUGCCAUACCACAACAGGCUGUUCCUGACAAAGAUGCCAGUCAUAACAGAUCCCAAGAGAGCAGUGGUCAUAUGAUGAAUACACUACGAAAUGACUUGCAGCUGAGUGAAUCUGGAAGCGACAGUGAUGACUGAACAACUUUCUGGCCUUAAAUGUAUCACCUUUUUUUGCUAAAUAUGUCUUAGCAUCUGUUUUGCACUAAGAUUAGAUUACCAGAGACUGGAAUGAAUGUCCUCAAUUUUGAUAAUAGACAUCCUAAUUUUCUACUGAUACAUCAUGUCUAUGAUAGAGCAGCAUUGAUAUCCUGUCAGUGCUAUGGUUAUGUGUUUAUCUUCAAAUUACUGUAUUUACAGUAAAAUUGUGUAUGAUCUGAUUUUGAUUAUUUUUGCCUCAGCCACCUGUUUUACUUGAAACUGAUUUGUAACAGCUAGUUACUUUAUAUAAAUAGCUAUGGAAUGGAGAAAUUUCUGAUAUUUAUGGAGGCAAGUUUCCUUCCUAUCAUUUAAAUGCUGAUCUGACAACUUUGACUUGGAGGGAGUGAAAGGGAGAACAACUAAAUGAGGUCUGCUGUGUCAGCUACACUUUUUGUUCAGUUCACAGUUCAUACCUUUAAGGAAACUGCUGAAUAAUGUGGUCCACUAGUGCAGUUACAGUUUACAAUUGUUCAACACAUUGCUGAAUUCUUAAUUUCAUUGUAUUAUGGGACUUUAUAUUUCUGAGCCUCAAGAUUCCUAAAGGAACUUGUCUAUUCUCUGCCUUUUUUAUGUAACUUGAGUAGGCUGGUCUUUUUACAACCUUUUUGUAUCUAAAUUUAGGUAACUGCAGAGACAGCAAUGAAUUUCCUUCAUUUGAUUCUGUAACGGAAAUCAGAAAAUUUCUUUGUAAAAGUAUAAAAGUAAUUUAAUAAAGCAAAUAUUUAUCAUUU